GACCACAUGCAAUCUUCAGUGAUGCGAUGCCAAAGCAGCUUGUUCAACUCCAGAAGAGCGCUGUCUGAUCCGAAGGAACUUCUUCAGUUCAGCUUCUUGUCGUCAUCUCUACUGCUCACUUGAUGACACAUUUCACAGGGAUUGUUCCAAGCGCGUCUUUUCCCUCUCUGCCUCUCACGUCUCUCGCACUGAAAGUUUGCUUUUAACAAAAAGUGGAAAUGAACAACACCGGGUUCAACCAAACGGAGGGCGGACUGCUCAACAAGACCGAGGAGUUCUUCUGCUGCAACUUUUCCUCCGUGGUGACCGAUAACGGCUUUGUGGCCGCCGCUCCGGACGAGAGGAGCCUCUUCGUCACAAGGGUGGUCCAGAUAGCCGUCAUGUGCGUUUUGUCCCUCACGGUGGUUUUUGGCAUAUUUUUCUUGGGUUGCAACCUUCUCAUAAAGUCAGAGGGAAUGAUCAACUUUUUAGUAACGGACAGGAGACCGUCUAAAGAAGCGGAGGCAGUUAUUGUUGGAGCCUACUGACUGCCGAGGACCUUUAGUGAUUUGAAUCAGAUCUGAGGUCUGGUGACAGAUGGGAGGCGAUGCGAGGAUAAACUGCCUAAACAAGCCCCCUGUUUUCACAUUGGUAAUUAGAAAAAAAAAACCCUCAUUGGUUACCAAACCGUGCUGGUGGCUGCGUCUCACAGGGUUUCACCUCAUUCUUUGGGCUUUUUAUUGCCAGCAAAGACUCAUUCAUUACCAAUUACAAUAGUGCGUUUAAGCCUCUUUGACUGUAAAGUAUUCGAUCAAGCACUGUUGUACCUUUCAGUAGUUGGAGCACCGUUUGUCAAGCAGCAUCCUUUGUCAUAGAAUGGCAAAGUCUCCGGAUUUGCUGUUUGAAAACACCCUCUCAUAUUGCUAAUGCAAUGGAGAAAUUAAUGUAAACAUGUACAGUAUGUUGUAUGUGUUUUUGCAUACAAUAUGCAAUGUAUUAAUCGGUGUAUUUCUCUGGAUUUCCUGCUGAAGACUGUAUGAGUGUCUGCGUGGGUGGUGGAGAAAAGCCCAGCAUGCCGUGUA